UGGACACAGCAACAGGUCAGUGGGUACUACAUGGUGUUCUAGCAUUCACCAUGGAGUGUGACGGCAUUGACCUGAAAAGAGCAGCUAUUUUCAUUCUGACAUUCUGACUUUCAUUCUCUUCACCUUCUGGCUGUUAGGAAAGGCAGGAUAGGAGAAUGUGAGGUGAUACUACAACAGCAUGGUGAUGCAUGUCCUGUGGAGUGCGUUUGCAUGGACAUUCAAGGGUCUGCUAUGUACCUGCAGGUUCUUCUGGGUGAGCCCAUACUACUCAAUCAAAUACAUGCCCAAUGAACCUCACAGAACAGGAAAGGAUCACAACCAUCAAGUGAAACAAAAAACAGCCUCUGCGGAAAUACCAGGAAGUCAUUGUAGCAGUGCCAUGCAGAGGAGACUGUCCAAAGCUGAGAGGGAGAUCCAGGCCCUCAAGACCCAGAUUACCUUUGAGAGGGCUACAUGGGAGAGGAAGUUUGUGGAAACGCAGAGGAAACAACAGGACCUCCGUUAUCAGCUGAUCUCUGAGACUGUAGCCAGGUCUGGAAGUCUACUUCAAGUGGGCAGCUUCGAGGACCUUGGCGAUUCAGAGGUGAAGAACAGACAUCCUUACGAUGAAAAGGACCAGGACAGCUCAAGCAGCUUGAGCCAUUCCAACCAAAGCAGAGGGUCUGAGACGAUGUCAUCAACAGGCGACACAUGCCAAAGCAGCUUGUCUGGCAGCCAGGUCUCAUUGAACUCAGCAUUUGGCUCCAGACCCAUUUCUGCUCUGUCUACAGCCACCAGUGGGAGCUCCUGGAGGAGCUACAUCGGUCCACACCGGGUCUUUGUGCCUCACUCCCCCCUAGACCUGCAGACGGGACACCGGGUUCGAGUCCUGCUGCCCUCGGGACGGAUCAGCACAGGCACGAUUCGUUACCUGGGCCACCUGGACGGGGAGCCAGACUUCCAUAUGGGAGUGGAGCUGGAAUCACUUGAACACGGGCAGCAAGAUGGCACACACAGGGGACAGUGCUACUUUGAGUGCGAGGCUGGCCACGGUGCCUUUGUGCCAUUCACCAAGCUGUUGAUGGCCUGGGAGUGAUGACAUCACAGUCUCUAUGGUGGAGGGUCACAUCUGGAUGAAUCAUUUGAACUCUUUGGCAUCAAUCACGAAUGGUCUCUGAAAGAAAACUUACACUACCGGUUAAAAGUUUUAGGACACCUACUCAUUCAAGGGUUUUUGUUUAUUUUUACUAUUUUCUACAUUGUAGAAUGAUAGUGAAGACAACAUGCUUCGAAGAUCAUAGAAUUGUCAAUAUCGGCCCUGUAUUAAAGACCAACAUUGUCUAAAGAAAAAGAGAACAAAAUGAUAAGAAAUACUAUAUACAGUAGUAUAUACUGUACAUGUAUACAAUGGUAUAUGUGGGAUGAGCACUAACACCGUUUUCUUUGUGUUCAGAAAUAAAAUAACACUCUUGUAGCCUCGAAUAGUAAUAGCUUAUUAUGCAUUUCGAUUAAAGUACACUAUCCAGUAUAUCUUGUUCAUGACAUGGUUGAUAGAAACAUGUGGUAUUAUGGAUAUGCAAUGCACCUUUAGAGUCUCUCAAUGACUACUAGAACAUACAGUGCUGUGAAAAAGUCUUUGCCCCCUUUCUGAUUUGAUCUGUUUUUGCAUAUUAUCAGAUCUUCAACCAAAAGCUAAUGUUAAAAGGGAACCUGAGUUUACAAAUAACAGAAAAAAAGGUAUACUUAUUUGAGUAAUUAUGGAACACCCAAUUCCUCUGUGUGAAAAAGUAAUUUCACUCAAUAACAGGUUGUGCCACCUUUAGCUGCAAUGACUGCGACCAAAUGCUUCCUGUAGUUGUUGAUCAGUCUCUCACAUCGCUGUGGAGGAAUUUUGGCCCACUCUUGCCUGCAGAACUGCUUUAACUCAGCGAAAUUUGUGGGUUUUCAAGCAUGAACUGCUCAUUCCAAGUCCUAUCACAACGUCUCAAUUGGGAUUAGGUCUGGACUUCGACUACGCCAUUCCAAAAUGUCAAAUGUGUUGCUUUUUAGCCAUUUUCAUGUUGACUUGAUUGUGUGUUUUGGAUCAUUGUCUUGCUGCAUAACCCAGCUGCACUUCAGCUUCAGCUCACAGACGGAUGGACUGACAUUUACCUAUAGAAUUCUUUGAUACAGAGCAGCAUUCAUGGUUCCUUCUAUUAAGGCAAGUCGUCCAGGUCCUGAGGCAGCAAAGCAUCCCCAAACCAUCACACUACCACCACCAUGCUUGACCGUUAGUAUAAGGUUCUUACUGUGGAAUGCAUUGUUUGGUUUUUGCCAGACAUAAUGGGUAUCAGUUGACCUGUGAAUGCUGUACAAUGAGAGAUUUAUACUCUUAUAUUAAAAAUCAUGAUUUAUGAUACCGUCAAAACUGCUGUAUCAUGUGAUUUGCAUUUCUAAUUCAGGACCCCAAAAUAAAAGCUCACACUCAUGAGGUGUCAUAACAU